UCCGAAUCUUGUGGAUUCCAUGAAAGAACAAUGACUUGGGUCAUCGCACUCCAUUUGCAAAAGCUUCGAAAGAAAAGAUCGUUUGCUACCUCUUUCUGUCUACCUCCUUGCCUUUUUCCCUCUAUCAGACUCCGAUGUGCAGCGUUUCUUUGAUAAACUCGAAACAGUCAGAUGCAGUCAUAUACUGAAUUGCUACCCCCUACGGGGGUAACCCAUGCUUUAGCAGUUCCUUUCACGUCAGCGACAGCCAACAACUUGGUCGUGGUCAGAACUUCCCUCCUCCAGAUAUUUUCGUUACUCAAUGUCGCGCCUCGGUCGAAUGGGGUACCUACGGAAGACAAGUUGUCACAGCCAGACCAAUUGGAGAACAUAAAAUUGGUCCUGGAGAGGGAAUACUCUCUCCAUGGGACGGUAACUGACCUAAGUCGAGUUAAAAUAUUGGACACCAAAACCGGCGGAGAAGCAAUUUUGCUUGCGUUUCGAAAUGCCAAGCUUAGCUUGAUUGAAUGGGAUGAUGAACGUCAUGGCAUUUCAACCAUUUCUAUACACUACUACGAGCGGGAUGACUUGACUCGUAGUCCCUGGGUGCCUGAUUUGACCAGUUGCGGAAGCAUUCUUAGCGUGGACCCAAGCAGUAGGUGUGCCGUUUACAAUUUCGGAAUCCGAAAUCUCGCGAUUCUGCCCUUCCAUCAGCCAGGAGACGAUCUGGUCAUGGAUGACUAUGACUCUGAGAUCGAAAAAGGGAGUCCUAGGAAUGAGCAUGGACAAGUUUCCGGCAGUGGAAUGGCGAAAAAUGGCUCCGCGUACCAAACUCCGUACGCUUCAUCUUUCGUUCUCCCCUUGACUAUGUUGGAUCCUUCUCUGCUCCACCCGAUAGAUCUUGCCUUUUUAUAUGAAUAUAGGGAACCGACAUUUGGUAUUUUGUAUUCGCAAAUAGCCACCUCGCAUUCCCUUCUCCAUGAAAGGAGAGAUGUUGUUUUCUAUACCGUCUUCACGCUAGAUCUCGAGCAGCGGGCAUCUACCACACUUCUUUCCGUAUCUAAGCUACCUAGCGAUCUUUUUCGAGUGGUGGCUCUUCCACCUCCUGUCGGAGGUGCUCUGCUAAUCGGUUCUAAUGAACUCGUGCAUGUUGACCAAGCAGGUAAAACGAACGCAGUGGGAGUCAACGAAUUUUCCAGGCAAGCUUCGUCUUUUUCCAUGACAGAUCAGUCUAGUUUGGCUCUGCGUCUUGAAGGAUGCGUCGUUGAACGUGUUGAUACUGAAAGCGGAGAUCUAGUCUUGGUUUUAUCUACAGGGAAUAUAGUCCUCGUUAAGUUCAAACUGGACGGAAGGUCGGUGUCUGGCAUAUCAGUUCAUCGCUUACCCGCUCAUACCGGUGGAAACAUCAUGGGAUCUGCUGCUUCGUGCUCCGCUUUUCUUGGAAACGGAAGAAUAUUUUUCGGUAGCGAGGACGCGGAUUCCGUGCUUACAGAAUGGUCCCGGUCGGCUUGUAGCGCCAAAAACUCGCGGCUACAUUUCAGGCAUGGAGCCGAUGACCCUGUCGAUGCGUCUGAGGAGGACCUAUCUGAAGAGGACAUUUACGAAGAUGAUCUUUAUUCGACUGGCGCCGAAGGCUCACUGCAGGCGCGCAGCUCUUCUACAGAUGGUUCUGCCUCCGGAAUAUAUAGUUCUCGGAUGCAUGACAGACUUUGCAAUAUUGGGCCCUUAAGGGACGUGACUUUGGGUAGAUCUCACGCGGCUUUAGAAUCCAAAGAUUAUAACGCCGACGAUCACUCAGCAGACCUGGAGUUAGUAGCUGCUCAGUGUUCAGACGGAAGCGGCAGUUUGGUAGUCGUGAAGCGUGAAAUUGAUCCCCGUGUAGUCAUCUCUAGGAAGAUCGACUACGCUGAGUCGGUCUGGUCAGUGUCAGUGUCCAGUACUACCGGACGUCGAGAAAACAAAGAAACUCGUCGCUAUGUGAUAACUUCAAAAUCAAAAUAUACUGAUAAGGAAGAAUCGGAAGUUUUCACUGUCGAUGGAACAGGCUUGAAGCCUUUCAAAGCACACGAGUUUAACCCAAAUGCUGAUUUCGCUAUCGAUGUCGGGACUCUGGCGAACGGCACCCGGGUAGUUCAAGUCUUGAAAAGCGAGGUCAGGAGCUAUGACAUUAACCUUGCUUUGGCUCAGAUAUACCCCGUAUGGGAUGAAGACACUAGCGAUGAGCGAAUGGCCAUAAGCGCGUGCUUCACAGACCCUUACCUUGCUAUCCUUCGGGAUGACUUCUCCCUACUACUUCUGCAAGCAGAUGAUAGUGGCGAUGUUGAUGAAAUUGCCUUAAGUGAAGAAGUCACCAACAAGAAGUGGCUUUCUUCCUGUUUGUAUUGCGACAGAACCGGUAUAUUCAGCUUUUCAAGUUCAGCUGCAGAGAAAGAAUACCCACGAAAUGAUAUUCUGCUGUUCCUAUUGAGCUCGGAUUCCAAGCUUUUUAUGCUGCGACUUCCUGAUCAGAGAUUAUUGUCUAUUGCUGAAGGAGUCGAUUGCCUGCCGCCCAUCCUGUCGGAGGAGCCGCCGAAGCGGUCGACUGCCCGCGAGACUUUGACUGAGGUUGUUGUUGCGAAUCUUGGAGAUUCAUGGUGUAAUCAACCUUAUUUGAUACUACGGACCGAAAACGAUGAUCUUGCAAUCUACAAACCGUUUAGGGUUUCCACGGAGACACGCAGCCUUCGCUUUUUGAGAGAGACGAACCAUUUCUUGGCCAAACUUCCCACCAAUGUUUCGAAUCAACCCGAAGAAGGGCAACAACGAUCAAGACCGAUGAGAAUACUUCCUGACGUUGGGGGCUUUAGUGUAGUAUUCAUGCCCGGGGUCUCGGCCAGCUUCAUUUUCAAAACGUUGACUAGCCCACCGCAUGUUAUUCGCCUCCGAGAGCGGUUCGUCAGGGGAUUGAGUAGCUUUGAUGAUAUAUCUUCUGGAUGUGAAAAGGGCUUCGUUUAUGUGGAUUCAAAAAAUGUGGUUCGGAUAUGUCAAUUGCCCGUCGAGACGCGGUUUGACUACUCAUGGACUUUGAGGAAAGUUCCUAUAGGAGAACAGGUUGAUUGCCUGGCUUAUUCUUCCUCUUCCGAAACAUACGUUAUUGGAACUAGCUAUAAGGCAGACUUUAAGCUACCAGGUGAUGACGAAUUGCAUCCUGAAUGGCGUGAUGAAGUUAUAUCUUUUUUUCCUAGAGUGGAGCGAGGCUCGGUCAAAAUCGUUAGCCCAAGGACGUGGUCGGUCAUAGAUAGCUAUCCACUGGGCCCUACUGAACAAAUCAUGACUAUGAAGAACAUAAAUCUUGAAAUAUCCGAACGCACGCAUGAGCGCCGAGAUACAAUUGUGGUCGGGACAGCAUUCACUCUAGGUGAAGAUAUCCCUGCUCGUGGAUGUGUCUACGUUUUCGAAGUUAUCAAGGUUGUCCCGGAUCCCGACAGGCCAGAAAUGGACCGCAAGUUAAAACUCAUCGGCAAGGAGACAGUGAAGGGUGCUGUCACAGCCUUGUCGGGAAUUGGUGGCCAGGGCUUCUUGAUUAUAGCCCAAGGACAAAAAUGCAUGGUCAGAGGUCUCAAGGAAGAUGGAAGUCUUCUCCCAGUUGCAUUCAUGGACAUGCAAUGCUACGUUAAUGUGGUGAAAGAACUCAAAGGAACCGGAAUGUGCAUCCUUGGAGAUGCUAUGAAGGGACUUUGGUUCGCAGGUUACUCAGAGGAACCGUACAAAAUGACACUUUUCGGCAAGGAUCCUGAAUAUCUUGAAGUUGUUACUGCAGAUUUCCUUCCUGAUGGCAAAAAGCUUUACAUUUUGGUGGCAGACAGUGAUUGCAAUCUUCAUGUAUUGCAAUAUGACCCGGAAGAUCCACGCUCUUCAAAUGGUGACAGGCUGCUUGAUCGAAGUAAAUUCCACACGGGCAACUUUGCAUCAACAUUAACGCUCUUGCCUCGUACUGUCGUCUCUUCGGAGCUUUUGAUGUGCGAGCCCGACGAGAUGGAUAUUGACAGGAAUAUGUCGCAGUACCAGGUCCUUAUUACAUCGCAGAAUGGAUCGAUGGCGAUCGUCACGUCCGUUCCAGAAGAGUCAUAUCGUCGCUUGUCUGCCCUGCAGUCCCAAUUGACAAACACUCUCGAGCACCCGUGCGGCUUGAACCCCCGCGCCUUCCGGUCUGUGGAGAGUGAUGUUAGUGCCGGAAGAGGCAUGCUUGAUGGGAAUCUCCUAUAUCGGUGGUUGGACCUGGGGACGCAACGCAAGACGGAGAUAGCGGGUCGGGUUGGUGCAAGUGAAUGGGAGAUCAGGGCUGACCUUGAAGCGAUUAGCGGAGCUGGCCUGGGUUACCUAUGAUAUUACAAAAAAAAAAAGGAAUAUUUGCUCGGGAAAAAAUAAUUGUAUCGAAGGUAUUGGUUUAAUCUACCCCAAUCCUGGCGACUGAAAUUGUCAUUUCCCAGCCAGAAAUGUUGUUUACUUCAAACUCCAUAAGUCACUACUUAAGCGACCGUUGACUUCUAACCCCUGCAGACUAAGAGAAUCAUAUAAUUCCAUGCAUCUAAAUGAUACCUAAUCCAGUCUUCGGCCCUGCGCUCACGAAGUUUCGUAGCGAUUCCAAUCCUAGGCACGAUACCGGUGGAAUCCCACAGAAAGUAAACACGCGAACCGCUCCCAUAGAAUGAGACGAGAAAAGGGAAUAGACACUUUAAGAAAGGGCAGAAUUAUAUUAUAACACUAUAGAAGAACCCGCCAAUGCUAUAAUAUAAAACACCUGCAAGUCAAGUCAAGUCACAAAACGACUUGAAAGAAUAUCAAACAUGACCAUGACUUCAUGACCCAAGAGGGAUAUCCCGUACUAAUAUAAUAAUGAUAAAUAAGACCAAAAUAAAACCAAAAUAAAACCGGUUCAAGAGGACCAAAGGGAAGGGGAAAAACGGGGUGGGGGAGGGAAUAAAAAGGAAAACACCAAAUUCCCAUAAAUCAAAUCAGGUACUCCAUCACGCCCAGGGUUUGCCAUUCCAGAACAUAUACACGUACAUAAAAACGGGUUAGAACCGAAGACGCCGGGAUCUUCUGUCAAGGGCCCAUCCUGAUAGGCGAAAACGGGUUCUUUCUUCGUUGAAGAAAGGGUGAAGGAAAAGAACGGAGAAUAUGUAGGUUAACGGAACGCGAGAAUUCAAGGGGAAGAGAGGCCAAACAAGUUAAUGACCUGCACUUGAAGAGAGAUAGAUAGGUCAAAAAGAAGGGAAUAGAGAGUGGGCAUGUCCCAUAGACACGCUCAAAAAACAUCCUCCGCGGCAAAAUAACGCUUGCUCCGACCCCGGCCCGCGACAAACUUCAUAUCCGGUAUAUUAGUAUGAUGUACAACGUGAGGCCGAUAUACUGCAUCGACCGGGGGUUGCCAAUCAUCCAAACCCAACGGGAAGUAUUCGUACAGCAUAUCGGCACUCUCAUUAGAGAAGAUAGAAGGUGCAAAUGUCUGCUGCAAAGCCGAGGCACUGAAAAGGGGGAGAGAGGACGAAGGAGCACGAGACCGCUGUGACAUGGAAUGAGACAGCUUGCGAAUUUUAGCCGGAGGAGCAGAACUGGAUGGAUUAUGGUUAUUAUGAUUAUUAUUAUUAUGGACAGGCUUCUGUGAUGGUUCUUUCGAAGGAGGUGCGGUUGGCUUCGUCGAGUUUAGCUCUGUAUUGAUCACGCCAUUGCCACCACCGUCCUCGUCAUCGGACAGCGACAGGGAGAUGGGGGCAGUCGUGAUGCUCGAGUUGCGUUGGGGCUCCGUGAUGCGCGGCUGCUCUGGACUCGAUUGCGGGAGCUGCACCCAAUCUGGUGAGGGCUGUUCUUGCGAGGUACUGCUACCUUGUGGUACCGAUGCGUCUGGCGAGCUUCUCUUGGUGCCGGUCUUGCCUUUCGCUGCACCCUUGCUUGAGCGUGCCACGGAUGCACUCGUCGACGGUCUGUUAAUAGACCCGGACGUAGGACCUUGAGCGAUCUUUCUUGAUGAGGCAGCACUCCCACUCAAGGGCAAAUCCUUGCGGGACUGAAAGUUUCGAGGACUGCGACCACGGACGAUUACUGGCCCAGACUGCACCUCGCACACGGGGAUCUUCGCGCCAGUCGACAAAGUCGCUACCACCUUCAGCCGGACGACAAAGUGCUGCUGCAGCUCUUUCCUGCGGCCAUUGUUGGCCGUAGCGACGCGGAACUGAAGACGCUUCCAAGCGAUAGGAAAUGUGGCAUAGUCGGUAUCGAGGUCUUGACCCGCCAUGGUGUCUAAGGGGAUCGGCGGCGGUUCCCGUUCUACCUUGGGGUUGUUUUCUUCGACAGAUGAGCCGUUGUUGGCAGCAGGAGUCUUCCACGGCACGGAGAUGAUCUUCACAGAGUUGCCCUCGACAGACUCGGUCGCGGAUACAGUCAGUUCUUGCGCGAGAAUGGGGAUGCGAUCGCCCUGGUCGGUCAUGAUAUAGCGCAAACCACGGGGAAUGGUGACCGAACCCGUGAUCUGAAAUAGAUUGCGACGGUAGCAGGUUAGCUCAGCACCCUGCUCUGGAGGCGCAUUCUCGUCUGGGGACAUGGUCCAGGGCGACUCAGCCAAGAAGAACAUGCCAUGCAGCUGUGCCGACAGGGACAAAGACGCCCGUCGUAAUGAGUAGUCAAGUAGCGCGAAGUUGUAGACAGGCAUUGAGAAGCCGAGCAGUUUAUUAUUGCGAUCGACUGACGACUCCGGGUUCGGUUCGGGAGCAGUAGGUUCAAAUUGAGACAUCAUGUCUGCGAAAGGACCUUCAUAUCCGGAUGUGAGGCCGUUUAAGGGAACUGGUAGGCUGCUGCGC